CCUCCGGCGCGGGUCGAUGGCGUCAUCCGACAGCGCAGUUCCCCAGCAUCUUUAGGGCUCCACGAGCAGCUUCUGGAAUCCUCCUGAUCUGACCUGGGACGUAUGGCUGGUCUCGGGCUGUUCGUGUGCCGGGCAGCAGCGGCACAGGCUUGCCGGGUGCUACGUGUCUUUGCCACGAGCCGGAGCCCGCUGCACACUGGCCCGCAGAGCCGCGCAUUCGCCAAGGAGCUCUUCCUGGGUAACAUCGAGCAGAAAGGAGUUUUCCCAUUUCCAGAGGUUAGCCACGAUGAACUCAGUGAAAUCAAUCAAUUUAUAGGACCUGUGGAAAAACUCUUUGCUGAAGAAGUGGACUCUCAAAAGAUUGACCAGGAGGGAAAAAUACCAGUCGACACUCUAGAGAAAUUGAAGAGCCUGGGACUUUUUGGGAUGCAAGUCCCAGAAGAAUAUGGUGGCCUGGGUCUUUCCAACACCAUGUAUGCUCGCCUGGGGGAGAUCAUCAGUCUAGAUGCAUCCAUCACCGUGACUCUGUCAGCACACCAGGCUAUUGGUCUCAAGGGGAUCAUCUUGGUUGGCAGUGAGGAACAGAAGGCCAAAUAUCUGCCCAAACUGGCAUCUGGGGAGUACAUUGCAGCUUUCUGUCUUACGGAGCCAGCCAGUGGGAGUGAUGCUGCCUCCAUCCAGACCAGAGCUGUGUUAAGUGAAGAUAAGAAGUACUAUAUUCUCAAUGGCUCCAAGAUCUGGAUUACCAAUGGAGGACUGGCCAGUAUUUUUACUGUGUUUGCAAAGACUGAGGUGGUUGAUUCUGAUGGCUCAGUGAAAGACAAAAUCACUGCAUUCAUAGUAGAAAGAGCCUUUGGUGGCAUCACUAAUGGAAAACCUGAAGAUAAGCUAGGCAUUCGAGGCUCUGACACUUGUGAAGUCCAUUUUGAAAAUACCAAGGUGCCUGUGGAGAAUGUCCUUGGAGAAGUUGGAGGUGGCUUUAAGGUGGCCAUGAAUAUCCUUAACAGUGGGCGAUUCAGCAUGGGCAGUGCUGUGGCUGGAAUGCUCAAGAAAUUGAUUGAAUUGACUGCUGACUAUGCCUGCACAAGGAAGCAGUUCAACAGAAAUCUCAGUGAAUUUGGGUUGAUUCAGGAAAAGUUUGCACUGAUGGCUCAGAAGACCUAUGUAAUGGAAAGCAUGACCUACCUCACUGCAGGGAUGCUAGACCAGCCAGGGUUUCCUGACUGCUCCAUUGAGGCAGCCAUGGUGAAGGUGUUCAGCUCUGAGGCUGCCUGGCAGUGUGUGAGUGAGGCACUACAGAUCCUAGGGGGCUCCGGCUACAUGAAGGACUACCCCUAUGAGCGUAUGCUGCGAGAUUCCCGCAUCCUCCUUAUCUUUGAGGGAACCAAUGAGAUUCUCCGGAUGUUCAUCGCCCUGACAGGCCUGCAGCAUGCUGGUCGCAUCCUGACUUCUAGGAUCAAUCAGCUUAAACAAGGCAAUGUGAACACAGUCAUGGAGACUAUUGGCAGGAAGCUUCGGGAAUCAUUGAGCCGGACGGUAGAUCUUGGGCUGACCAGCAAUCUUGGCAUUGUACACCGCAGUCUUGAGGACAGUGGCAAGAAAUUUGAGGAAAAUGUGUAUUAUUUUGGCCAGACAGUUGAGACCUUGCUACUCCGCUUUGGAAACACAAUUGUAGAGGAACAGCUGGUGUUGAAGCGAGUGGCCAACAUCCUCAUCAAUCUGUAUGGCAUGACAGCUGUGCUAUCACGGGCCAGCCGUUCCAUCCGCAGUGGGCUACCGAACCAUGACCAUGAGGUUCUGUUGGCCAACAUGUUCUGUGUGGAAGCUUAUUUCCAGAAUCUCUUCAGUCUGUCUCAGCUAGACAAGUAUGCACCAGAAAACCUGGAUGAGCAGAUUAAGAAAGUGUCCCAGCAGAUCCUCGAGAAGCGAACUUACAUUUGUGCCCACCCUCUGGAUAGGGCAUCCUGAGGCUCGGGCAGUGUCCCUAUACUAGCUGCCCCAGGCCAAUAUGAUUUAGCCUCUUUAGAAGCUGGAGAGCAUGGAGUCAAUCAAGUGGUCAUUUAUUGCUUCUGUGUACUGCAAGGCUUUCUCUUUGAAGGUUGAACAGAGAGAAUAGAAUUGCUGAUGGCUCCUUCCAGGGAGGUUUGGCCUCUGAACUGUUUUUAGCCAUGGGCAUCUGAGCAUUUAUUGAGGACCUUUGAACAGAGGUAUCAUACUCCUUUCCCAGCACCUGAUCUCUUGUCCGUUUCCCCUACCUGACUGACUUAACUACUCCCAAGACUUCUGCUGUCCCACUGUCAAAGAGAGCUCAUUAACAAGCUGCCAUCAUCUGGUCUGGACCUAUGAUUCACCUUAGCCAUCUCUAGAUACAUCUUGGCAACUGUGGAAUUCAAGGCUUGAAUACUGUUUUAAACAGCCUUUUCAGGAGGUAGAAAUCUAGUCACCUUCACCUUGAACCUAGGAAACUUAUUGAUGACCUGGUAGGCUUUUGUAAUACUUUUCUGAAGAGACUGCAGUGAUUUUAAAGAAUAAAAAAUACAUGUACUUUUUCAUUCAACAAA